AUGGCAUCGCAUUUUCAGCCUCGUCCAUACAACAACAACCCGGGCUACAUGCCUAACGGAGCUUCUUCUAUUAAUCCCGGAGCUGCGCCUCUCCUUCCCAACCAGGGUCGCGUUAUCCAGACUGGCCCCAUCCGAGUUCUUUGCAUAGCUGAUGUUCGAGGUAAUCUCACAUCUCUGAACGAGCUGGCAAAACAGGCACGAGCCGACCACAUUAUUCACACUGGCGACUUUGGCUUCUACGACGACACCUCCCUGGAGCGAAUCGCAGAAAAGACCCUCAAGCAUGUUGCCCAGUAUUCUCCCCUGAUUUCGGAGCCUGUAAAGAAGGCGAUUCAACAGGGCGGCCCUGGUCCAGUCAAGAGCCGAUUCCCAGCCAACGAGCUUCCCCUUUCCGAACUCCCAUUGCUCCUCAGCGGCGAGAUCAAGCUCGAUGUCCCCGUAUACACCGUAUGGGGUGCUUGUGAGGAUGUGCGCGUUCUUGAGAAGUUUCGGUCUGGCGAGUACAAGGUUCAGAACCUGCACAUCAUCGAUGAAGCUCGAUCAAUGCUCCUGGAGAUUGGCGGAGUGAAGCUUCGACUGCUCGGUCUUGGCGGUGCCGUCGUCAUGCACAAGCUUUUCGAUAAUGGUGAGGGAAGGACCACGAUUGCGGGAGGUCAGGGUACUAUGUGGACCACCCUUCUGCAGAUGGGUGAGCUUGUCGACACUGCACACCGAGUCUAUGACCCCACCGAGACCCGUGUCUUCGUUACGCACGCUUCUCCCGCUCGCGAGGGUAUCUUGAACCAGCUCUCUGUUACCCUCAAGGCCGAUUUCUCCAUCUCUGCCGGAUUGCAUUUCCGUUAUGGCAGCUCUUACAACGAGUUCAGCGUAAACCCUACCCUCGACCACUACCGUGGCAAGCUUGCUGCUUCCAAGGCUUCCUUCAACGAUGUCUGGGAAACCGUCAAGGGCGAGGUUGAGCCUGCCAUCUCCCAGAACGAGGGGCAACAGAACCUGCUCAAGAAUGCACUUCAACUUGUCGAGAAGAUGCCCACCACUGCUGCAGGUGGCAACCCCUUUGGAGGCCCUGUCGCCGGCCAAGCUCAGCUCGGCCAGGUCGAUGAAAGUGCUUUCAAGAACAUGUGGAACUUCAACCUGGCGGAUGCCGCCUUCGGCUGGCUGGUUCUCGAAAUCCAAGAUGGCCGUAUUGGAACUGAGAUGCGUGCGCAGGGCUUCAACUUCUCACAUAGGGGUGCAAAGGCGGCAGCGCCCGUCUCGGCUGGAACCCCCACCGCAGCUCCUGGUAACCUUCCUACCCCUGCUCCCCCUUCGACGCAAACUACAGUACCCCCACCUACCAGCAGACAGCCCUCAUCCCAGGCACCCCCUAAGCCCGCGGUCGCGACACCUCUUCCGCCUGCUAAGCCUGCGACUCCUCAGCCUGCUGCCACUCCUGCCCCUCCUGCAGUUCCUCCCAAGGAUGAGCGCCCCGCGCCGACGGGCACCAACGGAUCGGCCCAUGCCCCUGACCCCGUCUCCUCGCCUGCUCCUAAGACACCCGCUCAAGACAUCAUCGGACUGUUCAUUAUGAAUGUCAGCUCUGAGGAGCAGACGCGUGAUCUCUUCGACGGGGAGCAUAAGAAUAAGAUCCUCAAGAUCGAGAAGUGGGGCAACUCGAACAAGGUGGUGCAAUUCAAGACAGUUGAGGACCGUGACGCGGCCCUAGCAAGCCUUCCCGAGGACCUCAAGACCCGCGCCCAAGAGGAUCGCUCUCGCCCUCUUGUCAAGGUCUUCCAGCACCGUGAGACCAAGUUCCAGCCCCGCGGCGGUGCCGGCAACUGGGGAAGCAGCAGAGGCGGCGGCAACUCUGCAAACACAGGCAGCGGCUACCGUAGCGCCGGCGGAGCCAGUGACUCUGAGAGCAACCGCCGCGGCCGUGGUGGUGGCCGUGGCGGCCGUGGAGGCGACCGAGGACGUGGCGGUCGUGGUCGAGGCGGACUCAAGGGUGAGGGUGGCGCCUCGUCACCCGCUCCUGGCCCUGCCACUCCGGCGGAGUAG